CUGAAUCAAAUAUUACAAGUUGAAUAAAAAAUAUAAGAUGACUUUAUUCAUAAACACUGUUAAUAAAACAUUUUUUGAUGCCUUGUAAAUUCCACUCACUGUAUACAGUAUAGUAAAUAAAUAAGUAUACCACUCACAUGAAACACAUUCCAGUGCGAACAUCUUAAAAUUACAUGAAUUUUACUGAGUAUCGGAUUUUUCAACAGGAUGCUUCAUUAAAUCAAUGGCAAAUAUUACUGGCGAUACCUUCGUUACCCUUUGAGAUUUCUGAUGAGAGAAUCGAGGACAAAUUUUUUAAUUGUCUAUUUAAAUCCUUGUUUGCUAUGACUGACAAUGCCGAUGUAUCCUUGUCAUACAAUUUGUCAAUCUUUUCGUAAAUUCGCUGUACCUCUAUUCAUUACCUAUGAUGCUCUUCAACAGAACUUUCUAGCGUAUGGAACCACGCUAAAUAUGACUUUAUAAAGUCGCAUAUUGGUCUGUUUCUUUUCAG